AUGACCAAGUUCGGCAGCGCCACACUUGCAGCGGAAGGGACUGUAACCUCUAUUGCGGUCCCCGUCCCGUUACCCGUCGACGUGGACCCUGACUUCUGCAUUGACAUCUUCGACAAGAACUCGUGCCGAGGCAUCAACUUCGGUUCGAUGGGCAUGUGCUUCAGCCCAUGGUUUGAACGGAAGAAAGAACAGCAGGGUCCACCCUUCGUCAGACAGUACGGCAGGGUCGAAAGGAGCUUCGUCCCUCUCUAUUACCCGGAGCAGGACAUAUAUGUCAGGCUCACGCAGCUUAUCCACCCUGACCACACUACAGGAGGGUACAAGGAGAUGCUGGGCGAGCUGAACUACAUCACCUGUUGCUGGAUCCCAGGAUUGUGUUGGCUGGGUUCGCCUCUUGAGUACAGCAGCGUGGAGACCGCCGCGGAUCUGUUGGCGCUCAUGAUCAAGACCAUGUUCGAUUGGUGGAUUAACUUGCGAAACUCCCCCGACUGCGUCAUGGACAUUGCGCCCUGGUCGCUCGACGCGCAAGAUGACGAUGGCACGUUGUGGUGGAGAACCAUAGAAGCGCUUUCAAGGGGCGAUCUCUCCAUAGUCGCGAUUCGUAGGCUGACUGACACGAAAUCUGGGCACAGAGUAUAUUUCCCUGAGAUUGUCAUCAACGUCCGAGAACGAGAUAUGACCCCAUGA